AUGGCUUGGAUGACUUAUAUUUCUCACUGGUUUGAUGAAGAUGAUUGGUAUGAAGGACAACAACGAGCAAAAAUGUCACGGGUUAAACAAGUGGGACUUUUAGCUGCUGGAUGUCAGCCAUGGAACAAGGAUGUAUGUGCUGCUAGUGGGGACAGAUUUGCCUACUGUGCUACCCUUGCUAUUUAUAUUUAUCAGCUGGAUCACCGAUACAAUGAAUUCAAACUCCAGGCAAUCAUGUCUGAGCAUAAGAAGACAAUCACAGCCAUAGCCUGGUGUCCCCACAAUCCUGACAUGUUUGCAAGUGCCAGUGCAGAUAGUUUGGUGAUUAUUUGGAAUGUGACCGAACAGAAGGUUGUGGCCAAGCUGGACAAUGCAAAAGGAAUUCCUGCAUCACUUAGCUGGUGCUGGAAUGCAGGUGAUGCUGUUGCAUUUGUGUCCCAUAGAGGUCCUCUGUACAUUUGGACUAUCUCCGGACCUGACAGCGGGGUAAUUGUACAUAGAGAAGCACACAGCUUCUUGUCAGAUAUCAGUCUGUUUAGAUGGCAUCAAAAGAAAAAAGGAAAAGUAGUAUUUGGACAUACUGAUGGAAGCCUAUCUAUUUUUCAGCCAGGUUCUAAGAACCAGAAACAUGUCUUAAGACCAGAGUCUCUUGAAGGAACAGAUGAAGAGGAUCCAGUUACAGCACUGGAGUGGGACCCUUUGUCAACUGACUACCUUCUUGUUGCUAAUUUACAUAAUGGUAUUCGACUAGUUGAUUCUGAAUCUCUGUCCUCUAUCACAACUUUUAAUUUCCCCAGUGCAGCAGCAUCUGUUCAGUGUUUAGCCUGGGUUUCUAGUGCACCUGGAAUGUUUGUAACUGGAGAUUCUCAGGUUGGUGUGUUACGUAUCUGGAAUGUUUCACGUACAACGCCUAUAGAUAAUUUUAAAUUGAAGAAAACUGGUUUCCAUGGUUUGCACGUGCUAAGUUCUCCUCCAAAGAGAAAGUCAUGUUCAUCACAGUAUCCUACUAAAAAUCACCAUACAUCCUCAACAAGUGAGGCUGUUCCUCCUCCAACAUUAACCCAAAACCAAGCAUUUUCUCUUCCUCCUGGGCAUGCUGUCUGUUGCUUCAUGGACGGUGGAGUUGGGCUUUACGACAUGGGAGCCAAAAAGUGGGAUUUCCUUAGAGAUAUGGGACAUGUUGAGACCAUCUUUGAUUGCAAAUUCAAACCUGAUAACCCUGAUCUUCUUGCUACAGCUUCAUUUGAUGGCACAAUAAAAGUUUGGGACAUAAAUACUUUAACAGCGGUUUACACAUCUCCUGGUAAUGAAGGGGUUAUUUAUUCUCUUUCUUGGGCUCCAGGAGAUCUGAACUGCAUAGCAGGUGCAACAUCCAAAAAUGGUGCUUUCAUCUGGGAUGUCCAAAAAGGCAAAAUGAUAACCAGAUUCAAUGAGCAUGGAAAGAAUGGAAUCUUCUGCAUUGCCUGGAGUCAUAAAGAUUCCAAAAGAAUAGCAACCUGCAGCAAUGAUGGAUUUUGCAUUAUUCGAACUGUUGAUGGCAGAGUCCUUCACAGGUACAAACAUCCGGCCGCCGUGUUUGGCUGUGACUGGAGUCAAAACAACAAAGAUAUGAUAGCUACAGGUUGUGAGGAUAAAAAUGUUCGUGUUUACUACUUGGCAACCAGCUCUGAUCAGCCACUGAAAGUUUUCACAGGGCAUACUGCAAAGGUAUUUCAUGUACGGUGGUCUCCUCUGAGAGAAGGAAUCCUCUGCAGUGGCUCUGAUGAUGGUACUGUCCGAAUAUGGGAUUAUACCCAGGAUGCUUGUAUAAAUGUUCUGAGUGGACACACAGCUCCAGUGCGGGGACUGAUGUGGAAUCCUGAAAUUCCUUACCUUCUCAUCUCUGGCAGCUGGGACUAUACAAUUCGAGUCUGGGACACAAGAGAUGGAACAUGUUUGGACACCGUUCAUGAUCACGGCGCAGAUGUAUAUGGAUUAACAUGUCAUCCUAGUCGUCCAUUUACUAUGGCAUCUUGCUCUCGUGACUCCACGGUGAGACUCUGGUCAUUGACACCUCUUAUAAACUCUCUACAAAUAAAUAUCUUAGCAGAGAGAUGUUGGGAUGAGAUUAUUGGUAAUACAGAUCGUGCUGUGGAAUCUGGUGCUCCUCCUUUGCUGUGUGGUAAAGUUUCCAAGGAUAUUAAACAAGAAUUGGAAAAAUUAACAGGAAAUCCUCGAGGAAAAAAACUAAGGUGGUUUUCAGAAUGUUUUUCACCUCCAGGAGGCAGCAAGAAUUUAUGGGAUUUGGUUGCUGUAGUGAAAGGACAGGAUGACAGUUUGCUUCCACAAAACUACUGCAAAGGAAUUAUGCAUAUGAAACAUCUCAUUAGAUUUAGGAUGUCCAAGGCACAAGAACUGACAACAGUGAAAAUGUCCAAGUUUGGAGGUGGAAUUGGUGCACCGAGCAAAGAGGAGAGGCUUAAAGAAGCUGCAGAAAUACAUUUAAGAUUAGGACAGAUUCAGCGAUAUUGUGAACUCAUGGUAGAACUUGGAGAGUGGGACAAAGCUCUGUCAGUUGCACCUGGUGUAUCAAUGAAAUAUUGGAGGAAGUUAAUGCAAAGGAGAGCUGAUCAGUUAAUUCAGGAAGAAAAUGAUGGUGUCAUCCCAUACUGUAUAGCUACUGGAGAUGUGAAGAAACUAGUUUCUUUCUUUAUUUCAAGAGGCCAGCUUAAAGAGGCUCUUCUUGUCACACAGGCAGCUUGUGAGGGAAAUAUACAGAUGUCAACACUCUCCACAAGUGGAUCUACAAAUUCUGGUGGAGAUAAAACAGAUGAUUAUAACGAGCUUCUGCACGAAGUCAGUAAAGAACUAGCAGAGUGGUAUUUCCAGGAUGGCCAUGCAGUGCUUGCAGCAUGUUGCCAUCUGGCUGUUGAAAAUAUAGAGCUUGCGAUGGCAAACCUGAUUCGUGGAAAUGAGCUGGAGUUGGCAAUCAGUGUGGGUACUGUCUUAGGAGAAAGUGCAGCACAAGCAACACAUUAUGCCCUAGAAUUACUAGCAAGAAAAUGUAUGACAGUAACAACAUGCUUUCCAUCACUUGGAUACAG